CAGCGGCAAGUUUUUAUUCACCGGUAGGGAAGUGGCCUGACAUAGGAACUUUCACUGACUAAGAAAAAAGAAAAAGCGGUUUACGCUGAUUUCGUUCCGGUUCCCGAGCAGAACAUCGACUCGGCAACCUGAGGCUCAGUAUCAGAAGUGCUGCCUUGACUGUUGGAAGUGAUAUUUCUCUGCUCAUGAAGAUGUGGGAAGCGAUUGGAAAGCUGUCCGUGGCAUUCCUUGUCCUGAGAUUUGGAUAUUCUCUCCUCAAAGGCGUCUAUGGGUCAUUCAUAGCGGCUGCCCUGGGGCUAAAUUUAAAUGUCAAGAAAACAGGAGAAUGGGCUGUGGUCACAGGAGCUACUGAUGGAAUUGGCAAGGCUUAUGCUUUUGAGCUCGCCAGAAGGGGGAUGAAAGUUGUUCUCAUAAGCCGUACACCAUUCAAACUCCAGAAUGUUGCAGCAGAAAUAAAUACAAAAUAUGGUGUGGAGACAAAAAUAAUUGAUGUAGACUUCACUAAAGAUGAUAUUUAUGGGCGUAUUGAAAAAGAACUACAAGGCUUGGACAUUGGAGUUUUGGUAAACAAUGUUGGCAUGAGUUAUGAUCACCCAGAAUAUUUCAACAAGGUUGCAGAUGCAGAUAAGGUAUUUGACCAGCUGAUAAACUGCAAUAUGAAGUCGUUGACGAAGAUGACUCGUAUUGUUCUCCCUGGCAUGGAAGAAAGGAAUAGGGGUCUUGUCAUUAACUUAUCAUCUCUCUCCUCAAUUAUUCCUGCACCUUUUCUGGCAGUAUAUGGCGCUACCAAGGCUUACAUUGAAAGUCUGACAGAGAGUUUGAGUGUUGAAUAUGCUAGUAAGAAUAUAACAUUCCAGUGUAUUUUGCCUGGUUAUGUUGUUUCUAACAUGUCCAAGAUUAGGCGCCCUACACUUAUGGCUCCAACACCCACAGCCUUUGUUAGAUCAUCUUUGAGAACCACAGGUGUUGAAAAACGUACUGCAGGCUACUUCAUGCACAAAUUACAGGUGUUUGGAAUUGAAUUUCUGAAGAUGCAUCUUCCUGGAAGUGUCCUUUCUUCUAUAGUGUUCAAUCAGUUGAAAACUGUACGCAACAAAGCUUUGAAGAGGAAGGAGAGGGAAGCAAAAGCAGAAUAAUUAAAUGUGGUACAUUCCUUUUGAGCAGUGUUAAUUACUCAUUGUUUAGUAUAUGUACUCCAUUUAUUUUUAUAUUUUUCAUUUGUUUUGUCUGGUCAUGCAUACAUAGGACCUUCUAAAAUCAUUUGAUGUCUAAGUACAGUU